CGUUGUGGCAGAGUCUUUGUUUAACUCGGCACUGCGUCCACAACAUAAGAAGCAAUCGAAUUUCCUCCCCCGUUUGAAUUUGUUUCGAUAACAUGCGGUUUGUGGCUUUGGUGUUAGGCUAACGGAUUUCCUUCCUGACGGGACGCGGUUUGAUUAAACGUCAGGAGUUUUUAGUUCACGCAAGACAAUUGGAAUCCAGUUGGAAUUUGAAGUGCAGUGAUCUCAAAACGUUAUCCAGUUAAAAUAAAGGCACCAUGAUUUUAUUAAACUACUUCGUCGUGGUUCUUACUCUGCUGAAAGUAAAGUGCAACUACGCGCAAACUGAAUUCAAUCAAACUGUAUCGCUGACCAAAUGCUGUUCACAAGAAGCAAACGCUUGCAAUUCAACUGAUCAAUGGCUUCAACUGCCUCCAAUUUAUUCUGCCACCACCAACGAAACAGUUGAUCUCAAAGUUUCGUUCGUUCAUCGCAACACGACAUGCAAGUCCGGUUACAAAAACAAGAACUCGAUGCAGUUUCAUUUGCAUACGGACGGAUCGGCCAACGUGCAAGGCAAACUGCUUCAACCUCAUGAAUUCUGCCUCGAUCGACACCUUCAGGAAUUCACCGUUCGUUACUGCGUUCCGGACGCGUGCAGUCAAACGCACUGCGUUCGCAAGUGUUGCCCGAGGGGAACAGUCCUUAAUAUCGCCUCGUUCGAAUGCGACACGCACAACAACGCCUCAUUAUUCGAAUUCGUUUUUCACGACACUUCGGGCCAGUUAGUCACACCGGACGUUGGAUCGUAUAUCAUUCACGACACUGAACGCCUGGAAUGCCCCAACAACACGGGCACUCAGGAGCCUCUGACGUCCAAAACGCGAAUGUUCAACGUGUCCCCGGAAGAGACAGCAGACGACCUGUUCUAUGUUCUUCCGGAUGGCCAGCUCUUCUUUCCUAACUUUCCGGAAGGCAAUCAAGUAACCAGAGACUAUUGCAUCGAUGACUUCCUCUCUGAAAACACCAUCAAUCGACAAGCAUUGCUUUGUUUUCCGGCUCAACCGAAGGAAACGGAAGAUGUGAAGCUGGUCAUCAAGGUGUUUCCUUAUUUCCUGUUUCUUUCCUCCUUUUUCUUGAUUGCUACGUUCUUCGUGUACGCUUCGAUCCGCGAACUACGCAACAUUCACGGUGUGACAAUCAUGUGUUACGUGGCUUCGUUGACUGUGUCGUACAUCGGUUUAGGAAUACAUCAAUUGCAGACGGAAGAAUCCAAGGAAUGCGUCAUUGUUGCUGUGCUCAUUCACUACACUCUUCUGUCAACGUUUUCCUGGAUGAGCGUCUUCAGCUUCGACAUUUGGAGGACCUUCAGCGAUCUGAGGCUACCUGCAUCGAUAGCUGGGUACAAUAGGCUGGGUACUCGCUUUACUUGUUAUUCGAUUUACGCGUGGUCCGUUCCGUUGGUGAUCGUCGGUAUUGGUCAAAUCCUUGAUUACCACAUUGACUACUUACCCAAGCACAUUGUGACGCCUCAAUUUAGCGGCAUCAGAUGUUUCUUUAACGACGCGGCGGCCUAUUGGGCCUAUUUGUACGGACCCAUGGCAUUCUGGAUCGUGUGUAACAUUGCCUUCUUCGUCAUGACGGCCGUCAUCCUCCACCGGGCCAAAAGGGAUACCGUCUUUGCUGUCAAGAGCGCCCACGCCAGACAAACUCUGCGUCUCAUUUUCAGCCUGUUCAUUCUGAUGGGCGUCACGUGGAUCAUGGAAGUGGUAUCAUACGCUAUCGGCGGAUUGGCUUAUUUCUGGAUACCCACCGACAUCCUCAACAUCCUGACGGCCGUUUUCAUUUUUUACAUUUUCGUUUGCAAGCCGAACGUGUGGCACUUGCUGCAACAGAAAUUCCCGUGGCUUAAAGUGCUGAAACGAUGUCGUCCGUCGCAAAUGACGUCGCAACAAACAUCGCAGCAGACAUCGCAGCAGACAACGAGUACUUAACAACAUCACCAUCAACACGAUUCACGUUGCUGUCUGCGAUUGUAAUUUCUCGGGUUUGAUUUUUCAUUCAUUUUCAGGUCAUGUUCCACUGCCAUUAUCUUUAAAUAAAUUGAACCGUACCUGUUUAGCAUA